AUGGAAGAACAUAUCGAAUCUUCACCUCAGAAUAUUUACAUAAAUAACAGUAAACUUAGUCCAGUGCAGAAACUUUUUUACUUGUUUAGGAAAACGGAUGGUGAGGCAAGAGAUGUGAAUAGGAAUAUAGCGUUAACGGCAGAAAAUUUUGAUAUUGCUUGGAACAAUUUGAAAUUACAAUAUGAAAAUAAAAGAGUUCUAAUCAAUGGUCAGUUGAAAUUACUGUUUAAUUUAGCUCCUUGUCAAAAUGAGUCAGCAACAGAAAUUAAAAGAAUUCAAAGGGAAAUUAAUAAUUGUAUGGCAAUUCUAAAGCUCUAUAAUAUAGACAUUAAAUCAUGGGAAAUUAAUAAUUGUAUGGCAAUUCUAAAGCUCUAUAAUAUAGACAUUAAAUCAUGGGACCCUAUUUUUGUUUUCCAAUGUUCUUCUCGUUUAUCUGAAACAUCUUUAAAUCUUUGGGAACAAUCGGUGAAAAAUAAGACAGAUAAUUUCAUGUCCGAUAGGUUUCAUGCACUUGAGAGUGUUUCUGACAUAAUAGCAACGAAUUUUAUAGUUUCCAGUGGUUCCCAAACAACCAAUCAGACAUGUACUAAUCAGACAUCAGUUAAAGUAAAACAAUUUAAGGCCCAUCAUAUAAAAGUUGAUUCUCUACAAUGUAAAUUAUGCAAAGAAAAUCACAAAAUAAGUUCCUGCAACAAGUUUUUAAAUAUGAACUACAAAGCCAGAGUUUCAACAUUAAAAAAGUUUCGUUUCUGCUUCAAUUGCCUUACUAUUGGCCAUAUGUAUGGCGAUUGUAAUACUCCAAAUAAUUGCUCUAAAUGCACCAGAAAACACCAUACUCUUAUGCAUAGAGAAUUUGUGAGAAAGAACAUUCAGAGUCAAACCAAUACGUCACAAAAUGAUAAUCAAAAUAGCCAAAAUAAUGCAUCCAAAGUACAGUCCACUAAUGUUGCUGGCCCAUCGGGAGUAGUUCAAUCACAUCACACUUUGGUCUCUAAAAAGGUUAUGUUAGCCACAGCUUGGGUCAAUAUUAUUAGUCAUGGUUCCUACUAUAAAGCACGGGCUCUUAUCGAUCCUUGUUCUGCCGAAAGUUUUAUUUCCGAGAAAAUACAAAAAUUAUUAAAUAGCCCUGUUUCAGCUGAAAUAACUGGAUUAGGUGGAGAUGUUAUAAAAGCUUUAGUGGUGUCUCGGGUAACAGGCAACGUACCAACUCAAUCAUUCAAUCACAUAAAGAAAAAUGAACUACCGAAUUUAAAUUAUGCAGACCCUAAAUUCUUUGAAAGUGAUCAAAUUGAUUUGCUAUUAGAAGGUGAUCUAUAUCCUUUAAUUAUUCGUGGAGGAGUUAAGCAUGGGAUUUUUGAUUCCCUAGUUGCACAGGAAACUAUCUUUGGUUGGAUUGUUACUGGUCCAACACCUAACAAUGUUUCCCCACGGAUAAUGCAAAUGUCUUUUAUGACGAAAGUUUGCAUUUCUAAUCAGUUGGCCAAGUUUUGGGAAUUAGAGGAAGUUUCUCAUAGGAAGAUUUUAUCAGAAGAGGAUAAAAAAUGUGAGGAAAUCUAUCGCUCUACUACCACAAGAAAUUCGGAAGGAAGAUAUUUUGUUGGCCAAGUUUUGGGAAUUAGAGGAAGUUUCUCAUAG